CGGGGUAUUGUGGGUGUCAGUGAGGAAGUAAAAUGGCGGACCUGGCAAACGAAGAGAAGCCUGCCAUAGCCCCACCUGUGUUUGUGUUCCAGGAAGAUAAAGCACAGAAGAGAUCAGCAGAAGGGUCCAGUGCUGAGGAUGGAGAAGACUCUGAUAAAGAUGAGAGUAGUUACUGUCCCCCGGCCAAGAGAGAAAGAACAUCAUCACUAACACAGUUCCCACCCGCACAUUCAGUUUCUAAGAACAAUGUGUUCAUGCCAUCCAGUUUCUGUCAGUCCCCGUCAGGAAAUAAUUCAGAUUCAGAACCUGAGGAGAAGACUGUUGGGUUUCGCUUGAAGCCUCCCACCCUGAUCCAUGGACAGGCUCCUCGUACAGGUGUCCCGAGCCAGAAGCCCAAGGAGCAGCAGCGCAGCGUACUACGACCCGCAGUACUGCAGGCCCCUCCGCCUAGCAAAUCACUAACCCUGACUGGUUUGAACAGUGGUACGAAUGGAGUGAACAGAUCGUCCGAGGGUCUGCCAGUCACCCAGAACAACACAGAGAACUGUGAUGGCUCCACAGACAAUAUGGCCAAGUCACAGGAGAAGAAAAGCGAGAGCGGUGAGAGCAGGAAUGGAGAGAGAACAGAUCCUCCUGUGGAAUCCACAUUUGUAUUUGGUCAGAAUGUCAGAGACAGAGCCAAGGUUGAGGGAAGCAGUGAAAAGAAAGUCUCUCUGUCAGCAGAAUCAGGGGAAACCAAUUAUUUCCUACAGUACAGAAGCACUCCUGGCUUACAGAAGGCUGAGAACAACACUGACGACGGGGCUAAGUUUGUGUUUGGACAGAACAUGUCGGAUCGUGUCCUGAGUCCGCUGAAAUGUGAGCAGGCAGCAGAGAGCAGCAGAGAUCCCCCUGCCACCCCGCCAUGUGAGCCACCCUCACUGGUCAGCAGCCCCGACAAAGAUACCAAUAUGACAGAGUCUUUGGAGGAGUCGGCAGCUGCCUACACCAAAGCCACAGCCAAGAAGUGCUUGUUAGAGAAGGUAGAGGUCAGAACUGGAGAGGAGUCGGAGAGUAAUGUACUACAGGUCCAAUGCAAGUUGUUUGUGUUUGACAAAGCAUCCCAGUCUUGGGUGGAGAGAGGCAGAGGACUACUGAGGCUUAAUGAUAUGGCUUCCACAGAGGAGGGAUCAUUACAGUCCAGGCUAGUGAUGAGGACCCAGGGCAGUUUGCGUCUGAUCCUCAACACCAAGCUGUGGCCCCAAAUGCAGACGGACAAGGCCAGCGAGAAGAGCGUCCGCAUCACAGCCAUGGACACUGAGGACCAGGGGGUCAAGGUCUUCCUCAUAUCGGCAAGCUCUAAGGACACGGGUCAGCUGUACGCAGCGCUGCAUCACCGUAUCCUGGCACUGCGGAGCCGCUCAGACCAGGAGCCAGAGCCCCGGGUCCCCAUUCCAGACGGCCACAUCCCUCACCCCCAGUCUAACGAGGAGGACAGUGAUGAGGACGAAUCGCUCACACCCACUGCCAACAUCGCAGAGGGUCCAGAGGUCCAGGCCAGCGGGAGUGGGUCCUCAUAGCGCCUGCCCCCCUCCACACGCUGCACUCAGGACCCCUACAGGCACCUCAGUCCAGCAUUUCCCCAAUGGUCAGAGGUCACAGUGGAGUACCAGGAAGGAUCCUAUGCAGGUGCUACUAACUUAACUCUGUGCAGUUCAGUCUCUCUGCAUUCGCAGUAUAUCCGGGAUGGAUGGUCUUUUUGUUUGUUUUUUUUAUUUUAUUUUUUUUAACCUAUAGAACUGAAAAAUAUAUAUUUUUUGGAGUUUGAAUUGUCGCUCAUCAUAUUGAUGAGUGAGACGUUGCAAGACGGAAUGAGAAAGCAGUUUUCUUCUCUCGCCGAUGUAAGUACAUUCUAAAGAGCUUGCCGUUAAAAGUGGGACCUCUUUAUCCACCUUGCAAGAAAAACAGACCUCAGGCACUUCAAAUCCAGUGGGGCUUGUAUUUUGUUCAGAGAGGUAAAGAUCUAGUUGCCUAGCAAAUAAUUGUUUAUAAAGUCUUCUUUUUAUUUCACUGAGUUGUGUCUGAACUCCAAGUUUUAUUUUGUAUUUUAAGUCCGUCGAUACCGCCUUUGGCCACUUAGUUUUUUAGUCUGUAGUCAACAUUAGAAAUUAUUUUUGACCACAAAUCAUUUGAAAUAGAAGCCCUUGUGCAAACACCUGCUUUGAUGUAAAUUAUUUAAAGAAUUACGUUUAAUAAUGGAGUUGACCUGUGUUCAUUAUUAUGGUGAUUAUUAUUAUUGAUAGUUGAUAUAUCGUCUUUGAUUUUGAAGUUCAUUCGAAAAUUAACCCAUUUUGCAAAUAAGCUAGUUGGAUUUGAUAGUUUUACAGCAGGUUUUUUUCCAUGACCCCAACAUUUUCCCUAAUUAUAGAUGGUAGAUGUGUUUGUUUCAAAAAGAUAAAACAUUUUUAGAUGGAUCUGAAAAGAUAUCAUCUUCCCAAAUAUAUAUUGAAUAAACCAAUUGUAUUAGUUGUUUACAAUUGUUUAUUUAGUUUGCUUUAAAUAAGUUACACAGACAUUGUUUAUAACAACCUCGAUCAUUGCGAACAUAUUUUUCCUAUGUUUUUUCACACCAUGAGAAAGGUCAAUAUAAUAACUUCUAGGUUUGGGUGUUGGCAGUUGGAUUCUCCGAACAUGUCGUUAUUUGCAUCUAUCCUAAAUGGGUUUGACCUCAACCCUACAAAAUGCACAUAUACUCUCAGAUCAACUAAUGCUGCCAUUUUAAUUCAAAGAGCUAUAGGCAUUGGAACAGGUGGUUCUACACGCACAUGAUUGGAAGACUACAAGUACAUUGUUUCUCACCAAUCGUCUGGUGCUGAGCCCUCUUUAUUCCACUGUUAAUCGGUGGCUUUGGUUUGGUGUAUUUAAAACGGAUCCCCUAUGAGAAUAGAUGACUGCAGUUAUAUUUCCUUCAGUGAAGUGUGGCUCCUCUUAUUUUAAGCCUUUCUUCUUCAUAUCAGUGGAAUUAGUCAUAUCUCUAAACUGUUGUAUUAUAGUGUGAUCCUUUUUCAUGUACUACAAGCCUUUCAUGUGAAAAUAUGUAUUUUUAACACAAAAAAAGCACACUAAGAAAACUGGAAAAAAAAACAAAAAACAGGCAAGUAGAAAUGUUUGUGGUUAAAAUGUAUAUAUCCCGUAAUGUAUAUUAUUGAGCAGCCUUUAAGUGUAAAAAAAAAAAAAAAAAAAAAAAAAAGGAUGCCCCUCCUUAUUUUGCACUCUUCUUCACCGUUGUCUGUAGAAACCUCACCAUGUAGUGUGCUCUGUACGUUUGUGUUCUCUCCAUUCUUCACAUUCUGCUUAUGUAGCAACAAACAUAGGACUAUUCCUCCGGACAUGGGGCUCAGACAUGAAUGUAUGGCACCUUGGGUCUGAAUAAAGAGCCAGGGGCUGACGUUCUUCAGCACUUUUCCUUCUCUGUUAUAUUUCUCCCAUCAAUAUGAAUUUUUAAAUGUUCGAAAAUGCAAAUGAACUUGGACUGACCAUUAAUAAAAUGGCAAAAGGUGGUCAAUGAUGAAGUGUUGAAUGUUGUUUACAUUGGGGUUGUUGAUGGUUAUUUGCUGGGGAGUGACUGUAAGACAGAAACACUUUUUCAUGUUAUAUUUUUGUUGCUGUAUUGUUUGUCAUGUCUGCUAUUGUCCCUCAAAAUGUCUACCUGUUUUCUGUUAGGUGUAGUUCCAUAACCUGGUGCUAUUUUGUUACCGUUCCUAUCACUAUACAAGUCAAUGUUGAUAUUCCGUUAGAAUUAUAUCAGAACAUCUUUGAAUGGAAGGCAAGUGGUGAAGAAACUUUAGUUGACAUGACGAGCCCUUGACGCUAUUGUACAAGAGCACCUGUCCCAUACUCUGUCUGUGACUUGAAUAUGUUUUCAUAAUUUUAUUUUACCUUUAUUUAACCAGGCAAGUCAGUUAAGAACAAAUUCUUAUUUUCAAUGACGGCCUAGGAACAGUGGGUUAACUGCCUGUUCAGGGGCAGAACGACAGAUUUGUACCUUGUCAGCUCGGGGGUUUGAACUCGCAACCUUCAGGUUACUAGUCCAAUGCUCUAACCACUAGGCUACACUGCCGCCCCAUAAUAAUGUCAUCUGCAUUGGCUUCUAGACAUGUCAUUCAUUACAAUACAUUUGCUGACCGUUCACAGUAGUGGCGUUGCUGCCUAUUUUGAUUAGUCCAAUACAACGGAGAUGUGGUCAGAGUAGGUGUGCCAGAGAUGCGUAAGCGAUCAGGAGUGGUCCAUAAUAGGCUAAUGAAAUGAACAGAAAAAGCUGUAUUUUUUUCCCCACUUAUGGGAUAGGCUUUCUAACCAGCUAUCCUCCCCUCUUUCCAAUGACCCACAACUGCAAUAGAGACAUGUAAAGAUAUACCAUACCUAUCGGGAGAAAGAUGCUUGUCAUUGAGGAACAUUAGAAUAGCUACAUGUCUCUUUUCAACAAUGCCCACGUCGUUACCAGUCAUUUUGAUAUCGAUCGCCCAUUAUGUGUGGAACAAGGGCAAAGAUGCAGUCAUAUCAUAGCAAUAGAUCGGCUAAAAAGGUCAUAGCAUCAUCAUAGCAAUUCUCCAUUCAGGCAACACAGCAGUACUGUACCAUUCAGCUCUGUUGAUAUGUGUAUCACAGAAUCCCUCCACAUAAAGACCACUUUCAAUCUCCUCUCUGAUAUCUUGUACGGCUGUCAGAGCAUCCACUAUCUGCAGUAUAUUUUUAAUGAAUCUCGAAUGCAUUAACUCGAUGGAAGGCAUCAUUCUAAUAACCUUAGUAUAGUGCCGUCAUGUCAUUGACACAUUUUAGCCUUUUGGACUUUUCUUUGAUUUCUCCUCGAAGGUUUUGAGGAUAACAAAGACAGUAAUUGUCAACAUGUUCCCCUCCCUUCCACCGCCCUAUAGACAUGUAAGAGAUGAGGGACCAGGACAUGACUGCUAAGAUUGCUGAGGGACAUUGGGCUGGAGAA